AUGGUGGCUGCAAGUCCCGGCGGCGGCUCAAUGAAGAGCUUGACCAUCCAAAUCCUAACCGGAAGAUGGUUCAUGUUCUUCGGGAGUCUCUUAAUCAUGUCGGCGGCUGGAGCCACUUAUAUGUUCAGUCUCUACUCAGGAGAUAUCAAGGACGCCUUACACUACGACCAAACCACUCUUAACCUCCUCAGUUUCUUCAAAGAUCUUGGAGCCAACGUCGGAGUCCUCGCUGGUCUAAUCAACGAGGUCACUCCUCCUUGGUUCGUCCUCUUGAUCGGAGGUAUACUUAACUUCUUCGGCUACUUCAUGAUUUGGCUCGCCGUCACGGAACGGAUCUCGAAGCCUAAAGUUUGGCAAAUGUGUCUCUACAUCUGCGUUGGAGCCAACUCGCAGUCCUUCGCUAACACCGGAUCGCUCGUCACGUGCGUCAAGAACUUCCCGGAGUCACGUGGUGUCGUCUUGGGGAUCCUCAAGGGCUAUGUUGGUCUUAGUGGCGCCAUCAUUACUCAGCUCUUCCAUGCCUUUUACGGCGACGACACCAAAUCUGUCAUCUUGAUGAUUGGUUGGUUGCCAGCAGCAAUCUCGUUUGCGUUCUUGAGGACGAUAAGGAUAAUGAAAGUGGUGAGGCAGACAAACGAGCUAAAAGUGUUCUACAACUUCCUCUACAUAUCGCUAGGGCUCGCGACGUUUCUCAUGAUAGCAAUCAUCACCGACAAACUCACCGGGUUUACAAGGAGCGAGUUCGGCGGUAGCGCCGCUGUGGUGAUCAUCUUGCUUCUUUUGCCGAUCAUAGUCGUCGUCUUGGAAGAGAGGAAGCUCUGGACAGAUAAACAAGUCGCCUUAAACAAUCCAGCACCGAUCAACAUCGUCACGGAGAAACCAAACUUAGAGUUGGCAGAGGUCAAAGAGUCAAAGAAAGAAGAGGAUAAGGUUAAAACGGCGUCGUGUUGGACGACUAUGUUUAGUCCACCGGAGAGAGGAGAUGACUACACGAUCUUGCAAGCGUUGUUUAGUGUAGACAUGUUGAUUCUGUUCUUGGCGACGAUCUGUGGCGUGGGAGGGACUUUGACGGCGAUAGAUAAUUUGCGUCAGAUCGGAGACUCGUUAGGUUAUCCAAAGAGAAGCGUAAGCACGUUCGUGUCACUCGUGAGCAUAUGGAAUUACUUUGGUCGUGUGGUUUCAGGUGUUGUCUCUGAGAUCUUCUUGAUCAAGUACAAAUUCCCAAGACCUAUAAUGCUCACGAUGAUCCUCCUCUUCUCCUGCGCCGGCCACCUCCUCAUCGCGUUUAAUGUUCCCGGAGGACUUUACGUGGCUUCGGUCAUCAUAGGGUUUUGUUUCGGUGCGCAAUGGCCGCUUCUGUUUGCUAUCAUCUCCGAGAUUUUCGGGCUUAAGUACUACUCGACGUUGUAUAACUUUGGUUCGGUCGCGAGCCCGAUCGGGUCUUAUUUGCUAAACGUUCAGGUCGCGGGGUAUUUGUACGAUAAGGAGGCGAUGAAGCAAAACAAUGCAUUAGGGACACUGAGAAAGUCUGGUCAAGAUUUGAGUUGCGUAGGAACGUCAUGUUUUAAGUUGUCUUUUAUUAUAAUUACCGCGGUAACUUUGUUUGGUGUAUUGGUCUCGAUGAUAUUGGUGAUCCGGACCAAUAAGUUUUACAAGAGUGAUAUCUACAAGAAGUUUAGAGAAAAAGCGUUGGCCAACGAGAUGGAGAUGGCAGCGCCGGCUCCGGCAAGAUCGGCGGUGGUGGCGGAGGAAGAGAAGAAGGAUGAUGACAAAGGCAAAAGAAAAUAA